AUGCCUGCUCCCACACUUGGCUGCCAGAUCGCGCCCCACUACGACCGCGAGCAGUGGCCCUAUAACAGCGAAAGUGACACUACUGACACAGAGAGCGAGGCCGAGAGCGCAGCGCAAGAGGAAGCCGUCGAGGAAGCUCUCGAAGAAGCUCUCGAAGAAGCUCUCGAAGAAGCUCUCGAGGAAGCCCUAAACAUCGAGAAAGCAGAGACACAGCACUCCCGCGGUAUCACCCCAGCACUGUCCAAGAUCAACACCCAACGGUCUAGACGCAGCCGCAAGGAUGUUCCACAGGCUCCAGUUGGCUUCUGGCACUGGCAAAUGGCUGGCGUGCGACUGCACGUACUCAAGCUGUGGCUUCGAACAAACCUCAUCCUGGCUGUCGCCAUCAUAGCCUUCCUGUGCCUGUUCUGGGGCGCUUUGUUUCGCCAGAACGACAACGUCAAGCACCUGAAGAUUCUGGUAGUCGACUUCGAUGGCCAGGUUGCCCCUUACAAUCAGACUACGCCAUUCGUGGGACCCUUCGUGACCCGUACAGUCAAUGGCAUGCUCGAUUCAGCCGGCAUCGUUCCCGGGUACACUUUUCGAUCGCCCAAGGACUUCGACUACGACCCUCUCAAGGUCCGAGAGGCCGUGUACGACAUGCACGCCUGGGCCGCAGUAGUCAUCAACCCGAAUGCGACUUCCCUUCUUGACUACGCCAUCAGGCAAGGCAAUCAAAGCUACGACCCUGCUGGCGCCUGUCAGCUGAUCUACAACUCCGCGCGCGACCAGACCACGAGCUCAUCCUACAUCGUUCCUAGUCUGACCGCGCUUCAGAGACGCGUUGGCGCCACCUUUGGCUACUCAUGGAUCCUCCACCUCCAAGCAGACCUCCGGGAGCUAAACACCAUGGAUGCGCCUCAGGCACUGUCUCCUGGUAUCGACUUCACGACCUACGAUUUGCGACCCUUCGGCCCGCCCGUCGCCACGCCGGCAGUCAGCAUCGGCCUGAUCUACCUGAUCAUCAUCUCCUUCUUCAGCUUCACUUUCUUCCUGCCCAUCCACAUGAAGUACCUUUCGCCCAAAGGUCACCCACCGCUGCUCUUCCGCCAUCUCAUUGCUUGGCGCUACAUCGCUACUGUCAGCUCAUACUUCUUCUUGUCACUCAUCUACAGCUUCGUCAGUCUCGCCUUCCUCAUGCCCAUGAGCAAUGCACCGGCAAGCCACGUGUGGCCAGCUGUGAAUGCGAACGCAUACGGGCACGGCACAUUUGUGGUUUAUUGGAUGGGCAAUUGGAUCGGGAUGAUCGCAUUUGGGCUGGCGAGUGAGAACAUGGCGAUGCUGCUCGGUACACCCUGGACGGCGCUAUGGCUCAUCUUUUGGGUAAUCUCGAAUGUAGCAACAGGCUUCUACGCGCUUGACCUUGCACCGAGCUUCUAUCGCUGGGGAUAUGCAUGGCCGAUGCAUAACAUCGUCGAACUCACGCGCUCAACCCUCUUCGACCUCCAACAGUCCCACGUAGGACGCAACUUUGGCGUCUUGUUCGCCUGGGUCGCGAUUGACACCAUCCUCUUCCCGAUUUGUUGCUACUACAUGCGUUGGAACACCGCGCGGGUGAAGCGAAAUGCUGCACAGGCCGAAGCCGAGUGGCACGCGAAGAUGGAGAAGGAGCGGGCUGAGCCGAGCCUGAUGGCAAGGGUCACUACGAGGGGAAGCCGCGGUCAACAAAACAUAUACAGACCGAAUGUUAAGUCAUAUUUUGAUAACAACAGCGCGAUCUGUUGA